AUGGGCCAGUCCUGCUGUGCACAGCCUUUGGAGGAGGAUGUGGCUUUGGAGCUCAGCGCCGUGGACCAUCGAACGGUUUUGACGGGAACGGAGCAGAGCUACGCCUCUUCUACAUUACUCGAUGCAUCAAGGAGGUCUGGCGGCCUUGAUCAUGUGCCAGGACGCUGCAAGGAGGUGCCGACGCUAGUGGCCGACCCUCAAUGCCACCUUGCCAUCGCAACGGCGGCACAGGAUCCAAAGGAUUCAGGCCGAACUGCGUCAGCGAAGCUGAAGACGAGAUUGCUGCAGGAGGCAGAGCAACUCAUUGAUGAAGGCCUCGAUGAGUGGCUCCGAAGCUGGUGCACUGACGAGGUGCUGUGCACGUUCUUGGGUGCUUCCUCCAAGGAGUCAGCUGUGGCAUCUUUGGCCACAGCGCUCAAGUGGAGACGACGCUACAAAGACAUUUUGACUGGCUCACGGGCACCAUGCUGGCAGGGUGACAUGCGAGUUGUGGCACGUGGAGCCGCGGGACAUCCAGUGAUUUUCAUGUCAAUGCAGCACCAGCCACCCAAAUCAAGCAGCGUGGACACUUCGGAGCAUAUGGCUGCUGUGCUGGAGGCUGCAGUUUCUGCGGCCCAUGCAGGAGCAUGGGGCUUUGACGUGGCGCCUCGGUUUGACAUGUGGCUGUCGUCCGUUGUGGAAGUUCGCAUUGUGGAAGUUCGCCAUUGUGGAAAGGCAAGCAUAUCUAAGGCUGCUGCCGAAGCCAACCCAGGUCUCUUUUAUCUGGUCUGUUGGCUCUCGCAGGCAUCCACAAGCCACGCCAGGGCAAUCGUUCAGAGGCACAAUGUGCUGAUAGCAGAACAGAACAUGCUUGCCGAAACCACCACUGUUGACGACUUGAGUGAUUCGAGGUCCCUUCGCCAGAACCUCGGUGACGAGGUGCAGUGGGAAAACGAUAUUUCAACCCGCGUCACCACUGCCGACUUUGUGGCCGUCCUGCAGGGUGCUGAGCAACAAAGCGCCAGCGAUGUGGCACCAUUCUGCUGGGUUUUCUCUGCUGAGCUUUCUGCUGAGCUACUGAGGUCUGCCCUUACCCAGCAGCUGUCCUUCCUCUCUCGGCAGCUCUCAGAUCUGGCUGGGAGGCCAACUGCUAGCGUGGCACCUGCAACCCUGGAGGAUGCACUGAGCAGUCUGGAAGCUGCGGUGGAGCCACUGAGGAAGUUGCGAGUCCAGCACAAAAUCACAGAACGACGAUGUCAUGAAGCUGAGGGUCAGCUCCAAACUCUCCGCGUAGAGCUACACCGGAACAGAGAAGACGGACACAAUGGACAGGAUCAAAGGACGCUAGAGGCUCUGUUGCCAGGCUCUGGUGAGGAUGCAAGCGAGUUUCACUGCUGGAUUUGUCAAAGCCGUUUGGGGAAACGCUUCUUCAAUCCUCGACACCAUUGCCGAGCGUGCGAGAAACCAGUUUGUGGUCAGUGUUCGCCAAGUAGCAUCAUCAUGGAUGGGAGAACGACUUUACAGCGGGUUUGCACGCAUUGUGCCCAAAGCGUGCAGGAGGCGUGCAGGCCCAAGCUGACUCUUCGACUGCAGCUGCUGGCAGCAGGUCUCUUCGAGAUGGCUGGAAGGAGAUCAAGCUCUAUGAACUCAGGUCAGCUCCGCAACGGCACAGGCACACUGGAGGGUGUAAUUCGAGAGUGCGAAGUGGGUUUUGCACUUGUGAAAGAGGCUGGGACCGGGACUUGA